AUGAGUGAUGGCAAAGAUACAGACUCCAGGAAGAAGUGUGGCCAUCGACAUGGCAUCGUUUGCGAGAGUUGUCACGUAUUAGCUAGUACUCUUACUGACAUCCAGACGAAGGCCACUACAGCCAAUUUUGCUACCACUGAUGAUCGCGAUGAAGUAGCGUAUAUGAUCAACUACUCCAAACUUGCGAUUGAGUCAUGGCAAUGUCAUAUUAUAAGGUGUGUAAAUCAAGAUCAGGCGCGAAUUGACGUCCUAGAGCUUUUGGAUAAUGACACUAUUCUG